AUGUCAGUGUCACAUAUGAGGAGGCAGAGGUAAGUAGUAGUUAAGACGGGGGUUUAACUGAGAGUAUAGCCGUCCCUUGUCCUUUGGAACAUCUUAAUGGGUUUUGCAUUUGCCCAAGUAUCCCCUGUCGCUUAUAUUAAGAUGCAUUCCCCACUCAUAUACACCACUAAGAGGAAGAAGUUGUGUGUUUCUGCUGCGAAACUCAACGCCGACAAUGAUCCAUUACUCCUUGCUGCCACUGCUUCUGCUUCUCUUCGUUACCAAGAAACCCUUCGACCAGAGCCUCUGUUCAUAGAUCCAUAUGCUGGUUGUUUAAUCCCUCCUAAUAUUCCCAAGGAUGUGAUUCAAGACUUGCACCCGUAUUGUCUUGCAACCAAGUUCAUUGAUGACAAGUUGCUUCGUACAGUGAACCGUUUUGAUGGGGUUAAGCAGCUAGUUUUGCUGACUGAUGGCAUGGAUACACGGCCAUACAGACUUAAUUGGCCAGCUUCAACCAUAAUUUUUGAGAUAUCCCCCGAAAGAGUAUUUAAAACUGCAGCUGAGAAGCUUAAAGAUGUUGGGGUUAAGAUUCCGAAACGUUGCAUAUUCUAUCAUAUUCCAUUGGAAUCAUCUGACGUAGAGCAGAGUUUGCAAUUUAAAGGCUAUAAUGGUAAUAGGCCAAGUAUAUGGGCCUUACAGGGCUUUCCUGUGAUGACACUGCCAAUUUUCGAGGAGGUUUUGUCAAUGAUAAGCAGUUUGGCCAUGAAGGGAUCCCUUUUUGUUGGAGAGCUUCCUGCUUGGUUGGUUGAGACAGACAUAGAAAUCAAGUCCUAUACAAAGCAAUGGAUGGAUAAACUAUUUUUGAGCAAGGGCUUUCGGGUGGAAAUGAUUAACUAUGAAGGGGUUGCAGAGAGUUUUGGUAAAUAUUUUGCUACAGAACACUACAAUAAUAUACUGUUUGUUGCAGAACAGUUGCGACAUUCAGAUGACCAGAUGGAAUCAUGGAGACGAGAAUUUCAAAGGAUAGAGGAUGAAGGAGAUGAAGAAAGUUUUGAAGAGUUAUAGAAGAGCAUAUAAGCUUCACCUCACCCUGCUUAACCUUAAAAGGAGAUACCUCCCUGUUGCUACAAGGGUCUAAACUUCGAAGCAUUUGUAUACAUUUCUUCAGUGACAUGAGAAUGAGCACAUUCAUAAUUGGUUGCAUAAUAUUCUCUUUCCCUAAAACGAUAAGUUAGUGCAAUUUAUUGAUGCCUUUUAUUCUGCAUUUUCCUCUAUACAAUUGAUAGU